CCAUCGGCGUACUCGUACUGGAACGGGUGCUCGCAGGGAGGGAAGCGGGACUGAUAUCGACGCAGUACUACAACGCGUGGCAGCGGCAGUACCCGAUGCACACACCUUUUACCGCCACUAAGAGGUACCCGGACCGGGCCACUGCGUUAGAGGACCCGGCCAGCCGAGGACCCAGUGGCCAGCCGAGCGGGCUGUUCGCACAGCUGCGUGCCUGGGUCGAGAACGGCACGGCGCCCGAGUCUACCCCCGUCAACGUGACGAAGCUGGAUGGAGCGGUGGAAGGUCGAGUCCCGUCCCCGUAUCUGCAAAAGGCGAAACCUAAUGGCGGAGCAGACCUUUCUAGGAACACGACAGCGGCCGGCUCAAAGGGGCGCUGGAUCUGUGUAGAAAUCUGGCAUCUGUAGUUUAGUCAGUCCGCUUGCUCGUCUCUGUCCAACAUAUGCGGA